AAAAUAUUUAAUAAAUAAAGCACGCACUCCCCCAAAUAAAGCCUAGUUCUCAUCUCGCUCCUCACAACAACUAAUGGACGCAAAUGAUAAGCCGCACGCGGUAUGCAUGCCGUCCCCAGCACAGGGCCACAUAAACGCCAUGCUGCAACUGGCCAAGCUCCUCCACUCCCUCCACGACUUCCACAUCACCUUCGUCCUCACCCGGCUCAACUUCAACCGCAUCCUCUCCACCUCCGCCGGCGAUGAGCUCCCGCCGUUCUGCAACACCGUCCAGAGCGACGACCUGAUCAAUCAACCGUCUUCCUUCGAUGUUCUUCCUGAUUUUCGGUGUGAGGCAAUCCAGGACGGUCUCCAGAGAUCGGACCCCAACAGCGGCGAGGAGCUCUCAGAGCUUUGCGACAGUGUACGGAACAACCUAGCUGAUCACUUCAGACAACUGGUGAAGAGGCUGAAUCAUGAGAACAGAGGGCCGAAGGUUACAUGCAUAGUUUCAGAUACAUAUUCGAGCUUUACUCUUGACAUUGCGGCGGAGAUUGGAGUGCCUGAUGUGUCCUUCUGCUCUGUGUCCGCUUGUGGAUUCUGGGGGUUUUACUGUUUCAAGGAGCUUCUGGAGAGAGGGAUUGUCCCACUCAAGAGUGAAGAUGAUCUAAGCAAUGGAUAUCUCGAAACUUGCAUCGAUUGGAUACCGGGAAAAUCCAUGCGCUUGAGAGAUUUUCCAAGCUUUGUUCGAACAACAAACCCUAAUGAUAGCGUCUUCAACUUCUGCAAAGACGAGUCAGAAAACGCUAAAAAAGCCAAUGCGAUCAUCAUCAACACUUUCAAUGACUUAGAAGCUCCCGUUCUCGACGCAAUGUCAGCUCAGCUUCCUCCAGUUUAUGCUGUAGGGCCUCUAACCCUGAUGUGUGACAAAAUUCGCGACGCAGCGCUAAAAAACUUCAGGUUCAAUCUGUGGCAAGAAGAGUCAGCUUGUUUGCAAUGGUUGGAUCGAAAAGCAAACGGGUCGGUCGUUUACGUGAAUUUCGGCAGCAUGGCCGUCCUGAGUAGCGAACAACUAGUAGAAUUUGCGUGGGGGUUGGCUGACAGCGGCCGUGAGUUUUUGUGGGUGAUUAGGUCAAACAUGGUGUCAGGAGAUUUAGCUACAUUGCUCCCUGCAGGGUUCUCAUCAGCUGUAACAAGUGAGAGGGGUUUACUAACGAGCUGGUGUCCGCAAGGGGAGGUGCUCAUGCAUCCAGCGAUAGGGGGGUUUAUGACACAUUGUGGAUGGAACUCUACGAUGGAGAGUAUAAGUAGGGGUGUUCCGAUGAUUUGUUGGCCGUAUUUUGGAGAUCAACAAACAAAUUGUUACUACGCGUGCAACGAAUGGGGAAUCGGGGUGGAGCUCGGUAAUGACGUGAAGAGAAAAGAUGUUGAGGGGUUGAUUAGGGAGAUUUUAGGAGGGGAGAAGGGGAAAGAGAUGAGAGAGAUGACGUUGAAAUGGAAAGAGAGUGCGAUUAGGUCAACUGAACCAGGUGGAAAGUCUUUCAUGAACAUGGAGAAGGUGAUCAGGGAGGUUCUUCUAGAAGAUAAUAAACAUAUAUGAUUCUGUAUGUCGUAUAUAUAUGUAGCUUCCUUCCUUCUAUAUUUAUUUAUUUAAAUCUAUUGUAGUUUGAUCAUCAAUAUACCAGACUUCAAUGUCUAAUCAUAUCUUGUAAAGACUUGUAACAUGAAUAUAAAUCGCUUCGAAAUAAGUGUUAUAUAUGCCCGUGGAUUUGGCUUA